AUGAGCUUGGGGUCCCCUGAGUUCUGUGCAGACUCAGCUUGGAUAGGGUUCACAGAAGGCGGAGCUCCUUCAUCCCCUGCAUCAUCAACCCUUGGUGCCGUCAAGACAGAGAGCAUGGCGCACGACACGUCAGAUCAACAGAAGCUGGCUGCCUCACAAACCCCAUCGCGCAACUCAGAUCCGGACGCCAUGCAGCGCUCGUGGCUUCUCCUUGAUGGAGCCGCUGCAGAGACUGCUCCAAGUCCAACAUCGACAACGAAGACAGCGUUGAGCCCAGCAGGAGAGUCCUUUGCACCCCCCACCCCACCACAACAAGAGGCCAGCAGAACUGAGAAGGUCAAGGAUGAGCAGAGGAAGUAUAGCGAGACUGCCAAGAGCGGCGUGAAGAAGGCAGUUGAAGUGGACGAUGCCAAGAAGGAAGAAGCCUCUGAUGACGUCCAGCACGUGUGGCACAAGAUCAUGGUUGCUGAUGCAUUUGGCCUGGGCAUGCCUACCAUCAUCCAAGACAUUGUUGACGCUCUGACAAUUGGCACUACUGGAGGCAGUGGUUCCCAGCCAGACGCCAGCCAAGCAACCGCUGAAGCGGAUGGCUCAUUCACGUUCUCAACCCUCUCACGGAACGGCAAGAUGCGCGUCCACUACAAGGUGGUUGAUAUGCCAGGGGCAGGAGAUGACUUCGAUGUGCAGAAGAGGAUCAAGGCUGCGACGGACUACAUCGCAGAGCAGAACCGUAUCUUCUACAUGAAGUGGACGACCUACAUGCGCGAGAGCCCCGAGGACGAGCGUGUUUCCUGCGUCCUGUACUUUGUCAACCCUCACGCCAUCAAGCCUGUGGACCUGGAGAUCAUGGCAGCAAUCGGGAAGGUGGCGCCGCUGGUUCCAGUCAUUGCAAAGGGCGACUCGAUGAGCGAGGCCGAGGAGCAGGAGUUUCGGCAGCACGUGACCCUGGAUCUUGAGGACAAGGGCAUCACCACCUUCUCCUUUCCGGCGCUUACGAAGGAGCUCGAGAAGGCCUUCUCGGUCGUGUCCAGCGACGAUGAUGGAGCGAUCAGCGCCAAACGCCAGGUCAAGGUGAAGCGGCAGGCCUCGGCCCACAGCGAGCGCAUCGCGUUCCACCGCCACCCCAAGGGCGACCGCUCCCUCCUCCGCAGCAUGGUGCUCGAGGAGAACGUGACCCGCCUGCGCAAGUUCAAGUCGCAGUACUUCACCGACUUCGUGCGCAGCCUCGAGCACAGCCCGGAGGCACCCAUCACCGAGCGCCUCUCAGCCGCGGGCACCACCCUGGUGGCCAACUCCCGGGCGGCAGUGAGCAGCCUGGCGAAUGCCGCCGGCGUCUCAGGGGCUGCGCGGGAGACCAAGGGGGUCGCCGAUGAUGACGUGGCAGGUGACGUGGCGGCCGCUGGAGAGACGCGCCGCCCCCGCGGGAGGAAGGACGACCACACGAAGCUGGCCCUCGGGGCGGCGCUGCUGCUGCUGCUGGCGCUCAACUUCCUGUCGAUCAUCUCCCCGGUCAGGGUGGGUUCCUGCUGCAAGGAUCUGACCUUCUCCGAGGCGACGGCGGUGUCGCUCCGCCAGGCCCUGAACGAGCAGAUGCUGCAGAACGGCAAGCUGUCCCAGAUGCUCGCGGACACGACGCUGGAGCACAAGCAGCUCCGGCAAGCUAUGGAGCAGAAGGUGAACGAGGUGGAGGAGAUGAGCAUGCGGCUGGCGGCUUACGUGAAGGACAACUCGCGCUUGGCGGAGGACAACUCGCGGCUCUUCCAGAACGUGACGUCACUGCAGGAGAAGCUGCGCGGCCGGGACGGCCUGCACGUGUUUGAGUUUCUGGCCAUGAAGGACUGGGUGCACAAUGUCAAGGGGCUGCUGGGCCGGAACUUCACCAUACCCAGUUACUGAGCCUGAGCAGGUCUUGAGAAGAUCCAAAAAACCUUUCUGUCUGAGAGUGCUUGUAUAUUGGCGUAUAAAGUAGAGGGUGUCACGGUAUUAUGCUCGAGGUUGGUACAUACAGCAGGUUCAGAGCGGGUGCUGGCUUUGCAGUCGGUGUAUGGCGGUGGUUUGAAGUUUGGGUGCGCUGCUGACGAGUGUAAAGACUGGAAUAGAACGGGGACGGCCAAGCAUGAUCAUGCUUCAGACCGUCAAAGAAUCGAUAGACUGUUUCUGGUAGCCCAGAGGUGAAAUAGAAACGUCAGAAAGACGCAUUCUGAUUGUUUUGACCAGGGGCUGAAUCUUGAGAUCAUUGUUGCUGGCUAGGCUAGGUCCAUGUCGGUGUAGACUAUCGAAGCUAAGACGUCCAAUGUUGGUCCUUUCAUUGCUUGUAUGUGCUUCUUCAGGUAAGGAUUGACCUUUGCCCGUUGUCAAUCAAGACUAGAGUCUUAUCACCAGGCAUGCAUAUGAGUUCUUCGCAGAUUCAUUCAAC